AAAAUGGAGAUUGCUUCAAUGGCGCUGUCCAUGUUGUCACAGACUCUACAAUGGCACAGAUACAAAGAUGAGUCCUCUAUCUAUCUCUGUGGGUGAAAUCAGAUUACCCAAUUUUCACCUAGUGACAGCCAUUGGGGAGUUUAGUUUGGGUAAGGUGUGUAAAGAUUAGCCUAAUAUAACACCUUGGUGUGCCUGGAAUUGAUCAAAUUCUCAUCAAAGAAGCAAGCAGCUCAGUCAUGAGUUGCCCCAUUCCUCUCCUCCUCCUUCUCAUUGGUAUGUAUGGACCAUGUUCAGGCUUCAAGAUAUGUGCCUUCAACAUCCAGAACUUCGAUGCCAUCAAAUCAGCCAACUACAGAGUGAUGCACACUCUGACCAAGGUUGUGUCUCGCUGUGACAUCUGUCUCCUUCAGGAGGUAAAAGACUUACAGGGCAAAGCCACCAAAGCUCUGUUGGGGAGACUCAACAGAUACAGUACUAGAUAUGAUGACCAAUAUCACUAUAAGUAUGUUGCCAGUGGAGGUCUGGGGCGGACACCUGAAGACCAGGAGCAAUAUGUCUAUCUGUACCGGAACGAGACUGUAGAGUUGACAGAUAAGUACCAGUACGCUGACAAAAAGGAAGGGGGUGUGGAUGCUUUCUCCAGAGACCCCUUUGUUGUUAGAUUCCAAGCCAAGGAAACAGUGAUAGGAGACUUUGCUCUGAUCCCACUGCACACUACGGCCUCUGACGCAAUCAAGGAGAUUGACAAGCUUUAUGAUGUCUUUGAGGAAAUAAAAAGGAAGUGGAAUACUGAGAAAGUGAUGUUCCUUGGAGCUUUCAAUGCUGGUUGUGGGCACAUGACAAGGCAGGACAAGGCAAACAUCAGACUGUUCUCAAACCCUGGAUUCUUCUGGUUGAUCGGGGACAAGGUGGACACCACUGUUGGAGACCUCACCAGCUGUGCCUAUGACAGGAUUGUGGUACACGGACAGCCCUUCUUAAAGGCCAUCAAACCUUAUUCAGCUCGGGUCUUCAACAUCGCCAAGGAGUAUAAACUCUCAAAGGAAAUGGUUCUGGAAGUGAGUGACCACUUCCCUGUGGAAGUGGAGCUGAAGACUAAAUCGUCAGGGCAGCUUCAAGCUCAGGUUCAGCCACUCCUCCUAAUCGCGGUCUCUGUCAUAACCUACGUCCUGCACAUCUUACCUUCGACCAGUGUGCUGUGUGGAGGACUGAGGGCCUUCUCUGAAGUAUUUGACUCGCAUCUUGAAUGGAAGGCUACAGCUUCCUGAAACCCCCACUUCUGUCAAUAAUCUUUGCUUUUAAUAACAGAGAAAUAAAUAUUAUACUUUGUAAAUGCAUAGUUGUAAAUAUUUCAAGUUACAUUUUAUAGGUUAAGACAUUCUAUAAUAAUGUAGUUUCAACAUUGUCACUAAAUGUGUUUUAAAAGGUUCCAUGCCUGUACUGUACAUAUUAUUUGAAUAAAACAUGUAUUGA